AUGUCCGAUAAACUAAAUAUAUUUCAAAAGGCCGUAUUCGACGAGGUCGUAGUGAAAGAACAGGAACAUACAUACUAUCCGCAAACGAAUUCCUUUGGAAACAACGAUGAAAUUGAAAUCAUUAUCAAUCAACAGGACAUUUUAGUCGAUUUUUCUAGUGGUUACCUGUAUUUAGAGUGUGUUUUUAAACCGAUUAAUGAAGGCGAGGCACCCAGAGGAAAAUGUAAAUUAACAAAUAAUGUAGGAGCAUACUUAUUCGAGUCCAUAUCGUACGAACUCAACGGAAAGGAAAUUGAUAAGGUUCGAGAUCCUGGUCUGGUAACAGCUAUGCGAGGAUACCUGUGCUAUACAAGCAAUGAAGUCACAGCAUUAGAGGGUGCUGGAUGGUGUAAUUUGGAAAAGAAAAAUUCCGCAAUAGCCACUUAUCAUACAGAUAACUCAUUCACGUUACGAAUUCCCCUUUCACACUUGUUUAGUGUAUUUCACGAUUAUCGACGAGUUUUGACGGGGAAGCAUAAAUUUCGUUUGAUUAGGGCUCGUACCGAUGAUAAUUGUUACGAAAGUAGUGGAACCAGUACUGCCACAAUUGAAGUGCAAAAAAUCGAGCUUAAAGUAAAGCACGUACACCCUAACGAUAAAUAUAAACUACAUUUAUUGGAACAAAUGAAUACGGAUAAAGUUAUACAAAUACCAUUUAGACAAUGGGAAUUUCAUGAACUACCCGCAUUAAGAUCAACACACAAGGAUGUGUGGAGUGUAAAGACAGCCUCGAAUUUAAUGCGUCCCAGAUAUGUUUGCAUUGCUUUUCAAACAGAUCGUAAGGAUAAUUCCAAAGCUAGUGUAUCCGAAUUUGACCAUCUAAAUUUACGAAAUAUCCGAUUGUGGCUCAAUUCAGAAAUAUAUCCGUUUGAAAAUCAAAAUUUUGAUUUUAAAAAGAAGAGAUAUACCGAAGCUUUCCAAAUAUAUUGUGAUUUUCAAAAGAUAUUCUAUGGAAGAAAUACGUCAUUUCCCCUAUUUAAUUACGACUCAUUUGAAAAAUUUCCCAUUUUCGUAAUCGAUUCAUCCAAACAAGAAGAUAUCAAAUCGUCUACUGUGGAUGUUAAAUUGGAAUUUGAAGCAAGCGAAAAUUUUCCAUUAAACACUCGAUGCUACUGUAUAAUUGUACACGAUAAAAUAUUUGAAUACAGUGCCUUAACGACAGCCGUCAAAGAAUUAUUAUAA